AUUUCUUAUUAUCCAAAUAACUUGGCGAUAAGAUGCGCCUUAUGAGGCGUAAUUUUAAGGUGGUCCGCUCGAGGGGUUUUAGUUUCGAUUGUACUGUGAAUAUACCAUAUACGAUGAGUGGAUAUAGUUGGCUUCUCUGCCUGAUUGGCAUCAUCCUCCAUCUCCAGGAGUCCACCGUGGCCAUGCGGAUGCGAGGGGAACCGCUUGCGGGUGUGGCCAAUGUAAAUAGGCACCGGAAUAGCGAGGAGGUGGCUGCUGGAGCGCAAGGUCGCGUGGCCGGAGGUUCCACUGCCGCCGAGGGCAGUUGGCCCUGGAUUGUGACCAUCCAGAAUGUCUACUCGUAUCACCUGUGCGGAGGCAUCAUCGUCGACAAGCGAUUCAUACUCACGGCUGCCAAUUGCGUGGCGGGAUUGAGACCCCGCAAUCUGCUCGUGGUCACCGGCACCUCGGACUGGUGGGACCUGUACGCCCCUUACUACAGUGUGGACCAGAUACACGUGCACUGCAACUUCGACCAGCCGCUGUACCACAACGACAUAGCCCUGCUGCACCUGUCCGAAGACAUCGAGUACAACGAGUUCACGAAGAACAUAACCCUGGCGGACAUCGAUGAGUUGCAGGAGGGCGAUAAGCUGACCUUCGCGGGCUGGGGCAGUUCGGAGGCCAUGGGCACCUACGGUCGGUACCUGCAGGAGGCCUCGGGCACCUAUCUGCCGGUGGACAAGUGCCGCCAGACUCUGCAGAACGACGAUGACGUGGAUCUGGGCCAUGUGUGCGUCCAAAUGGACGAGGGCAAGGGCGCCUGUCACGGCGACUCCGGCGGACCACUCAUCGACGAACAGCAGCGCCUGGUGGGCAUCGGCAAUUGGGGCGUGCCCUGCGGACGUGGCUAUCCGGAUGUGUAUGCGCGGGCCGCCUUCUACCACGAUUGGAUCCGCACCACCAUGAACGGGUGUACGAUCGCCUAGACAUUGGCCAGCUCUUAUCUGUGCACUGCGGAAAUUUCGAUUUUCGAUUGGAAAUACAUUUUUUAAUAAGAUUGUAUAUGAUUUAUUGGCAAUUGAUUUUCUGAAUAAGUAUUAAAUAUUGAACUAUGACGAUUUGAA